UUUCCCGAUUUGACAUUAGACGGUCGUGUUGUCGGGGAGUCGAAAUCUCGGGGUACGCCAGGUUCGGCCGCCGAACCAGCCACGAAGCCCAGCGUUGCGAGUGUGUCGACGGAGCCGGGCGAUGUGCUAGUCGACGUCGGUGCACCGGGGGCCGAACACGGAGCCAACAACUGCGUCGCCUACACACCUGCACGGCAGCCAGCGAGACUCGAUUCGGGCCGAAAAUGAGUCCCAGGAGCAUAGCCACUGACAAGAUCAACCUUCGGUUAAUCUUGGUCAGUGGUAAGACGAAGGAGUUUCUGUUCAGCCCGAGCGAGUCGGCUGGCGACAUCGCUCAGCAUGUUUUCGACAACUGGCCCGAAGGUUGGGCCGAGGAAGCCGUGUCCAAGGCGGAGAUCCUGCGCCUCAUCUACCAGGGCCGCUUCCUGCACAGCAACGUCACCCUCGGCGCGCUGGGCCUGCCGCUCGGCAAGACGACGGUCAUGCACCUUGUGCCCAGAGAGAAUCUUCCUGAACCAAACUCUCAAGACCAACGACAGAAGAGCAAGGGCGGCAGGAGCAGUUGUUGUUCGGCCUCGUGCUGCAUCCUGUAAGAGUGGGCGGGUCCUUAGAAGGUCCACUCGCCAAGUCCACGGUGCUAAAGACUGAACCUGUGACACGAAAGAGAUUCUCACAAGGAACAAUGUGUACAUAAUGAAAAUAGUCUCGACAAAGACAGAAGAUGUAUCUUAUAUAUGAUGAAUUCAACAUGCAAGUGCCAGCUUUUGAGUGGACACUGAGAGCUACUACGUUUUUGCAAUCAGCGGGCGAGAAACGGAUUUAUUAGUUUUUUUUUAUUAUUAUCAUCAUCGGUUGCCACUCGAAGGACUUGCGUGUGUGCCUCCGGAGGAAGAGCGGGUAGCCGGUAGCAGAGAUCACAUUGCAUUCCAUGGUUCUUUUCUCCGGGGCGGCUGCCGAGGACGAGACGACGCGGAUUUUGCUAUUACAUUUGCUCCUUGAAGCACAUCACUGUUUCUGCGAGAACGACGCAUGAGGAAGAGAAAGAGAGAGAAAGAGUGUGUGAGAGAGAGAGAAAGUUUUGAAAGAGAAACUCGCUGAUUUUGCGUAUAUUGUUGUGAUAUUUGAAUGGAUAGUGUUGUUAUAUGAAGAAAAAAAAUGAAGAAUUACUACGUAAGACAGAAAGAGAAUCCACUACUAAAUGCAGAACUAUUCUCUAUGGAUUAUAUUAAAAUGAAUUAAACCUAGCUAAAAUCAUGUAAACCGAAGACAUCGUACACGAAACAAUUUAAUAUCUCCAUUAUCGAUCCAGCAGUGUGCUUGCAAGCUAUUUGUCUGUCAACAUCGUGAUCAACUAUUUUUGCGUGUAUUAUUCCAUCUCGAAACUGUGUUUGAGUCGAUUCGUUAAUUCACCCAGUUGCUCAGACACUACCAUUUGUUUUAAUCUGUUCCUUCGACCGGGUUUUGGUAUUAAAAAAUUUAACUUUGAAUUGCGUGAAACCGAGGGAGUCGAAGCAGCAAAAGAGGGGGGCUCCUUGCGAUCUGUUACGCCCCCCUCUUUGGCGGCUGUUUCGACGCCGCAUAUCAAAAAAAUCUAUUAUUUCUUAAUGCCAGAAGUCCCCAAUGAAUUUUGAAAUUCUUGUUCUCGCUGGCUGGAUAGUGUCUGGCCAACCGCGGUUUGUUUAAAGUACCUUUUGACUGAAUUAGUAUUAUUUUACCGAGCAACAAGCCAAGUGUUCAUCAAUUCCUGACGUAAUUAUUUGUUCCAACUAGUAAAAGCCCACGCAAAAGCAACCGCAAUGUUCCGAAUUUGCAUCGCGCUUUAUAAUCACUCACGCCCACGAUAGCCAGAGCGUCUCAUAGUUAUUUUUAAAAGGACGAAAUUAAUACAAGCUUUGUGAAUUUCACGAGAACACGGACGAUGAGAAUGUGCAAAAAUGUCUGUUGCUGUGUCAAAUCUUUUCAAUUUAAUUCGCAAUCGGAUGAUAUUAAAACUUACAAUUGUAUUGAUAAUUGAAUCAAUUUUAACAAUUGCGCACGGGGUUCGAUUUUGAGUGAACGAGAAUGAUCCCCUACAUGUUUGUAAAUUUUGGUUCUUAAUAAAAACAAACAAUCUAAAAGCAAAA